AUGAAAUCUUUUGCUUCAGGCAGAUUCAUAACCUGAUGAUAAAAGCGAUAUAAACAGAUUGUUAAAAAUGGUUGGAUACUGGAUUGUAACUUUGAUUUUUAGCACCAUGUAUACAGUCCAGUCUGGUAGACGCUGGGUUACUGCACAAUCCCAAAUGAAUCCAGAUGUUUAUCAGAUUGAAGAAAAGCUCAAUGUGAAUAUCGGCGACUCGGCUACUCUGCAGUGUUGUGUUUUAGGAAUAGAGAACGGAGAAGUUAUCUGGUUUAAGCAACAGUAUGGAAAACAGCCUCAGGUUAUAGUCAGAUUCUUUAAAACUAACAGAGAAAAGUUUUAUAACGAAUUCCAGAAUUCUCGUUUUCAAAUGAAACAAUUUGGAAACUGCUUCAAUUUGACCAUUUCUAACACCACGCUGUCUGAUGAAGCCACAUAUUACUGCGCUCUCGUGUCUACAGAUGGAACGCUUUUAAAAAUUAAAGGUGAGCGUGUCAACACUGAAACACCGAAACCAGCUCUGAGUGAUAAUUCAGUGGUGUGUGAUCCAACACUGCAUGGAAACAACACUAACACGAAGAUACUCUGCAAAACAGUGAUCGGUUUGGGAACGGCUUUGGGUUUUUGCGCACUUCUGAUUUUCGGUCUCACCUAUUACAUACUGAGGAGAAGAAAUCAUAAAAAAAUGAAUGCGUCUAUAAAAGAUUCUCCAGGAAUGAGAGAGCAAUCUGAAGAAGAAACACUGAAUUAUGCGGCUUUGCAGUUCUCCAAGAAGAAAACCAAAGCUGGAAAAAGAAAAUCGAAGUCAUCAGAUGAGUGUGUUUACUCUGAUGUGAAUACACAAAGAUGUUACAGAAAUGAUUUAUAACACAUGGUACUUUUUUUAAAGACUAUUUUCUUAUUUCUCAUUCUCAUAGCAUAUUUUCAGCAAAAUAUAAACAUUAUUGAACUACUUAAAUUCUAGAUGUAAAAUUGCCAAUAAAAAAAGAAAAAAGAAAAAAAAAGAAAUUUUUAAUAAUUAGAAAGGAAUCUCCCAGUAUUACAGAAAGGUUUUUUUUUUU